AGCGGUACGUCGGUAACUAGUGCUAUUUCGGAAACAGAAUUAUCCAACUUCUUUAAUUCGCACGGGGACCUUAAACAUCAAAAGUCCAUGAUGCGCAUCCGUGUAUAGAGCUGAGCGAAUUUUGCUGUUGCACGGCGCUAAUCCCUCUCUGAGCGAAAUUCCCUCACUAGUCGAGAGCAAAAAACAUAGAUAACGGCAGAAAACUGGCUCAAGCCUCCGUUCUUAAUGACUUCCCAAAUUCCCGGUGAAUUGCCUCUGCACUUCGAUGUGGAAUCUCUUGCGGGAAGUACCGAAAAGGAGUUGGAAGAGCCUCCUCAUGUUCUUGUAGAGACUCGCUCUCGUAAUGACGGUACGGCGCUGGCACUACGCCGUAGUGCCAGUGUCUACUCCCAGGGCGUCAAUAUGGGGGCGAAGAUACCCGGCGAGUUCAGGACUUUGAGUAUUAAUGUCACUGAGACAAAGGAGGGUGCUACGAACGCCAAAGCCAAGACCAUAGUCAAGGAAAUUGCGGAUUUGGACUGGCACGAGCUCGAUACGCUGGAGGUCCUCACCCGCCUUGGGGUGUCCGAGAAAAAUGGCUUAGAUGGCCCCAUGGUUGCCAGGCGUUUGACGCAGAAUGGCAAGAACGUUAUCACACCACCGCCGAAGAACCUCACCAGGCGUAUUUUCUUCUAUAUAUUUGGAGGCUUUGGUAGUCUGUUAUUCAUUGCGUCAAUCAUCUGCUUCCUGUCUUGGAGACCUCUAGGUGACCCGGACCCAGCUACGGCUAACCUUGCCCUUGCUGUGGUGCUUUUGAUAGUUCUUGCGAUUCAGGCCGUCUUUAAUGCAUGGCAAGAUUUCACCACGAGUCGCACCAUGAAAUCCAUUGCCGCGAUGUUACCCUUGGACGUUUUAGUUACUCGGGAUGGUCACACGUUGAAAGUCCCAGCCCCCGCGCUUGUCCUUGGAGACAUAGUCCAUGUUACUAUGGGAUGCAAAGUCCCUGCAGAUCUGCGGCUCAUCGAUGUAUCCUCCGAUCUCAAAUUCGACAGGUCCAUCUUGACCGGAGAAAGCAACGCUGUUCCUGCGACUGUCGAAGGAACGGACCCCAGCUUCAUAGAAUCUCGCAACAUAGCUCUUCAGGGGACACUCUGUGUUAGUGGAGACGGACUGGGUGUAUGUGUGUGCCUUGGUGACAACACGGUCUUCGGACGUAUUGCCAAACAAGCCGCAUCAGAGCGUCCUGGGCGAACUUCAUUGGAAUCCGAGAUCCUUCGCAUCGUACUGGUCAUCUGUAGUUUGGCAAUCGCCAUUGAUAUCAUUGUCAUCAUUUUGUGGGCUGCAUGGCUUCGCCGUGAUUAUCCGGGCUUCAUCUCCGUUCCGGUAUUGCUCAUCGACUUAGUUUCUGUCGCCGUUGCCUUUAUUCCGGAGGGUCUUCCCGUUUGCGUCACGCUUUCACUGACGGUGAUAGCCGGCGCCAUGCGAAAAGCUAACAUCUUAUGCAAGUCGCUCAGCACAGUCGAGAGUUUGGGAUGUGUCAAUUUCAUCGCCUCGGACAAGACGGGGACUUUGACCAAGAACAAAAUGACCGUGGUUAAUGUCGCUAUAGGGAACGAGCUUUUAACGGCCUCGGAAGCAAGAGAGGCUGCAGUCGGUAAUGGGCCCGCCGGGGAGCGCAUUCAGAUUUUAGCCGCAACCGCGGGAAUCUGUAAUGACGCGCGUUUCGACAACACAGACGACGAAUUACCUGUUGAGAUUCGGAAAGUUCACGGUGAUGCUACGGAUACCGGUCUACUUCGCUUUUCAGAGAGCAUCAUGCCCAUCGAGGACAGCCGAGCAGCAUGGAUAGAACGUGCGAAGCUUGCUUUCAACUCCAAAAACAAAUUUGCCAUGAAACUACUACAAGCGCUUCCCCAAGAGAAACCGAUUACCUCAAUGCCCAUCUUUUCCAAUGAUGACUUCAACAUGUCAUCAGAUUAUGUUCUAUUAGUCAAAGGAGCCCCUGAGAUAGUAUUACGCCGGUGUAGCCACAUGAUGGAUUCGAAGGGAUUGAUUGUGCCAAUGGACGAGACCAUCGCAGACCGUUUAUCGGCGAUACAAGAGCAAUUCGCGUCAAACGGCCAACGUGUUCUACUCAUGGCAAAGAAGAUUAUUCAUGGUUCCAAAUUGCCGACAGACUUCUUCGUCGAAUCUGGUUCUUUCCCUAUGGAGGACCGUAUUCUUGGCCUCAACUCCGACUUGACGGUGGUAGGUCUGGUAGCACUGAUAGACCCUCCAAGAGAUGAUGUCAAGGAAACGGUUGCUGUAGCGCGCCGGGCAAGCGUUCGUUUUGCAAUGGUUACAGGUGACUUCUCCUCUACCGCUGCCGCCAUCGCUCAGCAGGUGGGAAUUAUCACGACGCCAAUGAGCGAAGUGAAGCAUAUUAAAGACCUUCCAUAUGACGCUUCUCUAGAGUCAGUGGCUGGGUACGAGCCCGAGAUUGAUAGACGUUCAAGUCCGGAAAUGAGAAGUCUUGUCCUCAGUGGUUCUGACCUCGUCGGCAUGACCGAGUCACAAUGGAAACAAGCCCUUGCCUUUGAUGAGAUUGUUUUUGCCCGGACAACCCCCCAGCAGAAACUCCAAAUAGUGAAAAAAUUGCAGGCGGAGGGAUGUACCGUUGCAGUGACAGGCGAUGGGGUCAAUGAUUCUCCUGCCCUGAAACAAGCUGACGUUGGGGUAGCCAUCGCUGGAGGCUCCGAAGUCGCUAUGGAAGCCGCGGAUUUGAUACUACUCUCAGAUUUUUCUGCCAUAAUCACCGGAAUUCAGUAUGGACGGCUAUGUUUUGAGAACUUACGCAAGUCAAUAUUGUACCUCCUGCCUGCCGGUAGUUUCUCAGAGCUCAUGCCUGUUGUUCUGAACGUACUCACCGGGGUACCACAAGCGUUGAGCAGCUUCCAGAUGAUCAUAAUUUGUGUUUUUACGGACGUUUCUCCUGCGUUAUCCAUGGUGAACGAGAAGCCUGAAGCAGAUCUCUUGUUACGCCGGCCUCGUGAUCGCAAAAAGGACCGUUUGAUCAACUGGAGACUUUUGCUGCAUGCCUAUUUCUUUCUAGGUAUCAUAGAAGCAGUGACGUCCAUGGUCGGAGCGUUCUACUUUGGAUUUCAGCGGAAUGGUGUUCCAUUCUCCGCCCUGUGGCUCAAGUAUGGAGGCUACGACGCCGACCCAGAUCUAGUUAAAGAACUCACCAACAAGGCUCAGUCAAUUUAUUUCUACAAUUUAGUCAUGAUGCAGUGGUUCAACCUACUUGGCACACGUACCCGAAGGCUGUCGUUGUUCCAGCAGAAUCCUUUCAGUUCCAAAACGCGCAAUAUUUUCCUGUUCCCUGCUAUGGCUGCUGCACUUGUACUCGCUUGUUUCUUCUCCUACAUUCCUUGGUUCCAACAAGUUCUUUUGACGCGUGGAAUUCACGUCGAGUUCUUCUUCUUGCCGAUUGCAUAUGGUAUCGGAAUGCUUUUCCUUGACGAGGCACGCAAGUGGUGGAACAGGAAGCAUCCAACAUCGUUCCUUGCACGAAUUGCGUGGUAAUGAUCUUGAUUUCAACUGUCAUUAUUCCGUCUCCUCUGCAAAUAGAAACAAAGAAACAGAUGUUCUUUAUUAAAUAAAGAAUGUGUCUCGUUGAUAAGUCUGAAAAAGGAGAUACACUGGAUGAUCGAGACGAGCUUUCGUUAUUUUGUUUGUAUCCACCACCCUUGCUCGGUGCAUAGGUGGAUGAUUCCAGGUUCAUUCAUUUAUCAGUUCUGGUUUCACAGGAGUCUUGGCCGCCGAAGACACAUCUCAUUCUCU